GCCAGGUAACAGUAACGUUAGCCAGCUAAUUUAGCGAUCUAGCUAUAGUACUCGUUUAGCUAGUUAACGUCGGUUAAUUUUCAAACUCCUUAUUACCUGUAAUUAAAUCACAGGGGUGUUUGGUAGCCGCUAGCUAGCAAUGCUAAUUUACGGCUAAAGUAGGGUUAAAGAUGGGAGCUGGCGCGGGUGUUGCUAGUCCAGACAUCGUUAUUUUCUAUUUGAAGCCGCUAAGCCAGGCAUACCACUUGCCAAGCAGUGGCAUGCUUAUCUGGCUAUCAUUUUAACUGCAUCAUUUUGAUCAUAUAGCCAAUUAGCUUGUUACCAUGUUUAAUUACAUAUUUGUGAGUAAUAUAACUACCGUAGCUCUCAAACUCUAGGCAGCAUUCUGCGUUUUCCUACUGUUUUCAGCGAUUAGCUUCGCCACGAAGGACUAAUAAUGUGAAGUACAAUCUCGAUGCUGUGUUUUACGUCAAUAGUCAUGGCUUUCAUCACCGAUAAAGAAUCCUUCAAAUAAAACCGAUACACUUACUGUAGCAGUUUUGCACAGAUCCAUACAGCUAUAUGGGCCACUUCACCCCUAACCCCCCACCCCCUUUUACAUCCAGAAUAUCAACACAACAAAGAUGGAGGAGCUCCAUACCCACUGCCUGAACUGUGUGAACCGGAGGUGUAUGAUUCGCACAGAGACUGGUAUGUCCUGUGAUCUCAUUGGCUGUCCUCUCGUCUGUGGGGCAGUCUUCCACUCCUGUAAAGAGGAGGAGCAUCAUUUACUAUGCCCGUUUGAAAGAGUGCCUUGCCUCAACACUGGAUUUGGGUGCCCUUUCACUAUCCCCCGGAUUAAGAUGGCUAAACACCUAGAGACGUGCCCGGCCAGUGUGGUGUGUUGCACCAUGGAGUGGAACCGUUGGCCUGUGAGCUAUUCAGACAGGAAGUCCUACGAGCAUUUGAGCAAUGUUGAAGUGGUGGAGCAGCUCGACAUGGCCCUGGCUCUGCAAGAUCAGAGGAUGCUACUGGAGUCUCUUAGAGUCACCACCAACACGUCAAAGAACAGAUAUAAUAAAUCAGCUGAGGAAACGUGUUACAAGAUCGCUGAUGUAAUGUCAAGUGUACCAGAGACUGACGUUAGUAAUAGAACGGUUGAAAUGGAUGAGGCUGCUGCUUUGACUAAUGGAGUGGUUGAAAUGGAAGAUGAUGAUGAGUCUUAUAGUGAGGUACACAAAAUAAACUUAGCAGCUACCUUGGCCGUCCUCAGAAGUGCCAAGGACAUUGACUUGAUCAGUGUAAAUGUUGAAAACGGUGAGAGAGAAGGGGUUCUCCAUAGGGGAGAGGACAGUGAUAAUGAUAAUCAUAAUGAUUUGAAGAAUGUAGAGAUGAAGGCAAGUGACACAGAGUCGGGCUGUGAGCUCGGCGCAGUGGGCGGAGCCGGAGUGGACUGUGGAUUUGGAACAGACAGACAGGGAGACGAGAGCUAUUGGAGAGAGUCUUCAGAGGAAGUGGAGAAGGACCAUGUGAUGGGUCUUGCUGAGGUGGGUUGUCCUCCUCUCAGUAAUGGUUUCAACCAUACAGGAGACAACCAAAAACACUUGAGACAGCGUGAGUGGAUGGAUCUGAGCAGAUCUCCACCCAGAUGCUCUGAAGUCAACAGGUUUUCAGACUUCAGGCUGGUGAUGCCUUAUCUCUCCAUGCCUAAUAUAGUAGCACCACGGGAGCCCUCUGGGCCCCACCCUCCACCACUACCCAUCCACCUGCCUCUUCCCAUGCCUCUCCCUAAUCUGGAGCCCUACAACGUGCUCCAGCACCUGCCCUUGGAGAUCGAAGACAGGUGGCUGGAGAGGAAACUUCAGAACCUCCAGGUGCUCAGAGGGAUGAGCGUGUUUACAUUUAACGGGCGCAGGGCUCUGAUGUCUGACCCCUAUCUGUUCAGAGCCAAAAUGGAGGACAAGUCAGUGGACACCUCAGACCUGGAGGUAACUGACGAUCCAUUGGGGCUCCAUGGAAUCGACCUGAUCACGGCAGCACUGCUCUUCUGUCUGGGGGACUCCCCUGGGGGCCGCAGCAUCUCAGACAGCAGGUUUGUAGACGGCUACCACGUCGACUUUGGUACCCAGACCUUCUCCUUCCCCUCGGCUAUACUGGCCACUAACACCAUGGUGGGGGAUAUCGCCUCAGCGUCGGCCUGUGAUCACGCCAGCCCUCAGCUCUCCAACCCCAGCCCCUUCCACUCUCUCCGGCUGGACCUGGUUCUGGAGUGCGUGGCCCGUUACCAGACCAAGCAGCGCACCAUGUUCACCUUCGUGUGUGGACAGCUGUUCCGCAGGGACGAGUUCUCCUCGCAUUUCAAAAACGUUCACGGGGACAUCCACGCCGGGCUGAACGGCUGGCUGGAGCACCGCUGUCCCCUGGCCUACUACGGCUGCACCUAUUCCCAGAGACGAUUCUGUCCCUCUGUUCAGGGCUCCAGGAUCAUCCAUGACAGACACCUGGGCUCAUUUGGGGUGCGGCCCGACAUGCCUCCCCAGUACGGCGAUAAAACCCUCCACAGGAAUGCCUGUCGGUUCGGGUCCACCUGCGACCACCUGAGCUCCUUGCCCUUCGAGGUGCAACAGUAUGUGGCCAGUUUCCUGGAUGGCUUCACCCUGUGCCAGUUGUCUAGGGUCUCUCGGACCAUGAGGGAUGUGUGUGGCAGUUUACUGCAGUCCAGAGGCAUGGUGGUGCUGCUCUGGGAGAACACACAAAGGCCUGAUGGGUCGUCCUCAUGGCAGAUCCAAAACAAGGUGUGGCGAUUUAGCACAGCCUUCAGUACAGUGAAGGAGUGGAAGUUUGCCAACAUCACCAGUAUGGCCGACCAUCUGAAGAAGUGCAAGUUUAACACCAUCACCUGUCGGGACGAGGCCAUCCCUCUGCCCUGCAUGUGCUUAUCCAGAGAGCUCACCAAAGAGGGACGCUCACUGCGCUCAGUCCUCAAGCCAGUAUUAUGAGUAACGCUAUAAAAGGGUUGGAGUCCAUGGGUACGUCUAAAAUGGCACCCUAUUAAAAGUAGUGCACUAUGUAAGCUUUGGGGUACUAUUAUGGACGUAGCUCAUUUCAAUCAAUUCAGUAAGUUCUUACAGAGGUACUCCCAGAAUUCACUGAAUUGAAAUGCACUCCAACCCUGCUCUAUGAGAAGCAAAUACAAAAUGCUGCUAUCUUUCUCUUCCGGUCUGGACAGAAAAAACCUGACUUGUUUUCAACCUAUUUGAUAUGCAUUCACGCUGAGUGGACAAAACAUUAGGAACAGCUGCUCUUUCCACGACAGACUGACCAGGUGAGAACUAUGAUCCCUUAUUGAUGUCACCUGUUAAAUCCUCUUCAAUCAGUGUAGAUGAAGGGGAGGAGACAGGUUAAAGAAGGAUGUUUAAGCCUUGAGACAUGGAUUGUGUAUGUGUGCCAUUCAGAGGGUGAAUGGACAAGACAAAAGAUUUAAGUGCCUUUGAACGUGGGUAUGGUAGUAGGUGCCAGGCACACCGGUAUGAUUGUGUCAAGAACUGCAGCGCUGCUGGGUUUUUCACACUCAACAGUUUCCGGUGUGUAUCAAUAAUGGUCCUCCACCCAAAGGACAUCCAGCCGACUUGACACAACUGUGAGAAGCAUUGGAGUCAACAUUGGCCAGCAUCCCUGUGGAACACUUUUGACACUUUGUGGAGUCCAUGCCCCAAUGAAUUGACUGUUCAUGGGGGAGGCGCAACGUAACUCAAUAUUAGGGAGGUGUUCUUAAUGUUUUGUGCACUGUAUAUAUUCUUGUUACCAAUGUACUGAAUAGAUUAUUUAACUUUUACAUACUCUGUCAAUGUGUAAAUAAAACAUGUUUUGAUGUUACAUUUUCUAUUUUCAUAAGAUAACUAAGUUCGUACUGUGCCGCAUUGACAACAAAAGAAAAUGGAGCCUUAACUUAUGAUAAAGACUUGAUUUCUGGUCAUGGGAGGGAUCUGAUGGGGAUCUUUUAAUGAGUAGAUUUCUCAUUGACCCCCGGCUAGAGCGAUUUACAACGUCUUGAACGGUUUUAUAUACUUAAGGUGAUCAUGAUUUUUGUUGAGUUUGAGUCAGCGGAUCAUGCCGUUACUUUUGAGUCGGCGGAUCAUGCCGUUACUUUUGAGUCGGCGGAUCAUGCCGUUACUUUUGAGUCGGCGGAUCAUGCCGUUACUUUUGAGUCGGCGGAUCAUGCCGUUACUUUUGAGUCGGCGGAUCAUGCCGUUACUUUUGAGUCGGCGGAUCAUGCCGUUACUUUUGAGUCGGCGGAUCAUGCCGUUACUUUUGAGUCGGCGGAUCAUGUUAAGAUAUUGUCAGUGUAGCUAUUUAAUGCCGGGAUUCAAUCCGAUCACUCUUGUAGACCACGCACAUUUUAAAGGUAUACUUGGCAGAUGUCAGCUCAAUUAUUUGAAAUUACCUUUUAAAUGUAGAUCAGAAGGCCAGGAUUCAUAACUCAACCUCCAUCAGUAUCAGGCUGGACAACAAUGUUGACUGUUUGAGUUAAGGGUGAUUGGUUGUCUUUCUGUAUCCACUCUCCUUUUCCUCAUUUGAGAACGAUGUUACUUCUGUGAAAACCAUUUGUGUGAAUACUUGUUAUAGAUCAGUGAAUCCUGCAGGUCCGGGAAAGUUGGCAUAAUGUAGCUUCUUUUCAUUUAGAGUUGAUCAGUAUGGAAACUGAUCAUCAUUCAGUCUUUAAGUUAUCAUAUUAGUGUUUUUAUCUUUGUAUUGUCCUCUUGGCUCUACGUAGUCACUGUGUUCAGAAGUUGCUUGCUGUGUCUCAGGGUUUGUAAAACAUGGUUGCCUUCCAAAUGGCACCCUAUGAACUAUAUAGUGUUCUAAUUUUGACGCUCCGGGGUCAGCAGUAGUGCACUGUAUAGAGAUUAGGGUGCCAUUUGGGUAGUCGCCAUGGAACAGAAUCAGUAGUGCUGGCCAUUACUUGUACUGUAUUGCCUGAUUGACACUAUAGGGCCGAGCCAGACCGGACUCUAUAGUGUGAAUCUGGCUUGUGUGUAAAAGAUGCACCAAGCUAUCUACCAGUCUUCACAUGGAACAGUCACUUUAUUGUCAUGGUUAAAGAGUGGGGUUAGUUCUAGGACUGAUACACCGUUCAGUAUUACUGAUGUGUUUUAUUACAGUGUUGCUACUGACACAUUCAAUUCCAUGUCCUCAAAAGAUCUUAUACUUAUCGAUAACCUACCCAUCAUUUGACAUGAUUUUCUCCGGUUUGAAUAUUAGUUGAAAAUCUGUUUGGGUUUGGAAGUGGAGUGCAAUAUUUAAUUAAUCAGUCUUAAAGAUGGUGUUAAUGAAAUUAAGGCAUGGAUUCAAUCCGAUCGCAGGUUGAAGAAAAUGUGGCUAUAAAAGGCAAUCUUCCAGUGUUUGCGGAGAUCGCAUUCACAGUAAAGCACAAUCGAAUUGAAUCCCGCCUUAAUUCAUGGGUUUAAGAUUGGGUUUAAGAUUGGGUUUAAGAUUGGGUUGUAACGACCUUGGAUCUUAAGGGCACAGUUUGCAUCUGUUCUUUUUAAAAGGAAGUCAAUGUUUAUUUUACUUCAAGUUCUUCUCUGAAUGGCUGUACUGUUUGUUCUUCCCUGUGUGUUUUAUUACAUUUUGGGGGAAAAGACCAGUGCAAACUUUGCAUUAUUGCAAUCAUGAUGAACACCCCGAAUGAAAAGUUUGAAACAUUUUGAUAUGGUGAAAUAAUCCACACUUGUUUGGUUUGAUACACAUUUUGUACGUGUUUAGUAUUCUUCCAUGCAACACUUUUUUAAAUGGAGUUUUUUCCUAUUAUUUGGUGUAGUUCAGGAUGUUAUUAACAUGCCACCAAUAUUACAUAGACCACGUAAAGGUCUUCGCGGGUCUACCCGAAGACCCGGGACCUGAAUGGGUCUAAAACUCAACCUUUUCCCUAGGGUCCGGGUCCUGUUCGAUUGUCAUUGGGUCUCGGGUCAAUUUAACUACAGCUGAUAGAUCCGAAUGGACACAGCCACGACUCUGCAUAGUCUAAAAUAUAUUUAUUUUACGCUAAUACGGUGAAUUUAUUGACAUAGAAGGCCUAGACAACAUACAGCAUAAAGACCUAUUCGUUAACCAGAAGAGCAAUCAUGAAUAUUUUGGUGUCACUUGGGUCCAAUCAGAUCUGUUCUGGUAUGGGUCCAGGUCUGGUUGUUCUCAGGUCUGAUUUUAACCUAUUGAUCAUCCCCACAUUAUAUCUUGGGCCCAGAUCUGUUUGAUGCUUAUACAAGUCUGAUGGUUGUUGAUGACCAAUGACUAGGAGUUGGCAAAACAGCACAAACAGAUCUGGGACCAGGCUAGACAUGUUUCUGCUCGAGUCAGAUUUAAAUACCCUUUUUUUCUGCAUGUGAGUGAAGACAUUAACCGUCAUUCUUAAAAACAUGAUUUAUCCAUAAAAUGCAAAGUUAUUUUUCACACUACAAUAACCUUUCUAACGGUUGUGUGUGUGCCUCUAUACAAUGGGAUUAUCUGUAUUUGACUACAUUUGAUGGUAGCAUUUGCAACAAUGAAAUGACAAGAAUCUGGAAGCGUAAUUUAGUUUGAAACUUUUCUUCAACAAUUUACGUUAUAGAGGUGAUUAUUUAUGUAUUGCCCAGUUUAUUAAACUCUAGUUAAAUAACACAAUUUGUUGAAAAAAGGUUUGAGAUUAACUCAUGCUGCCAGAUUACAAUGAAGUUUAUGGUACAUUUUGCACUUAAAGCUAUAAUCCUUACUUGAAACAAUAACUAAGGGUCAAAAGCUGAGGGAUGAACCUGGAGAAAUGUAACUGCUCAAAUUCAUAGACAGCUAUGGAUGCAAGGACUGCCCAUCCAUGAUAUCAAAAUUAUAGUUUUAACCAUGUUUUGAGGCUAUAUAGUGUUUGUUUACAUUUAUAUUGGCUACAAACACUUGAGUAAAACAAGCUUAUAUUUGGGGUUCUAAUGGGGAACGAUAGCUGAACUAAGUUCAUGAGGCAUUUAUAAGUUCUAUUCUUCAAAAAUCAAUGGGUAUCAUUAAUUUAAGUCCAAAAAUUGAUGUAGCAUCUAAGGAUUCUAGCGUUAACGCGUUACUUUUGCUAUACGAAAACGUUUUCCCAGUGUCUUACUGUUUUACAUGUUUUGUUCAGUUUUGUUUUAGCGGCCCUGGUGUAUAAAGAUCCUUCACAUUACUGUGUAUCAUCAACAGCAAUUUCAUCACCAAUAAAAGUUUUUCUUUACUUGCUACAA